AUGAAGAGCCCGCCUUGUGAGUAUGGCGAAGAAGCCAUGGAGGAGUUCGACCUACCAUCCCUCUGGGAGACGAAGAACGACGCCGACAUUCUUCUUACAAUGGGUGCCAGCAAAUGGGAACUUCAUGACAAGGCGGUACGCGGAAAGAGCGGCUUGAUCGACCACAUCCUAGAGAUGGUUCAGAUGAAAGAAGGAAUAAGAAAGAUUCCACUGAAGGAGCGCAUGUUCCCUCAUUCAGCUCUGAACACAGUGUUGAAGUACUUCUACUUUGGAGAAAGCCUGAUCACGGAAAAGACUGAAGUGAUAGACCUCCUCUCCUUGUACGAGGUGUCCGCGACACUCGGCAUUCUCCCGUUGCAAGAGAGGAUUGCUUUCCAGGCAGGCUACUUGCUUGGCGAGAUCCUCUCCAGUGGCACUGACAGAAUGGGAGAUUUCUACAUCGUCAUCGAGGUCAUCAUUGAGGAGCAGGACGACUUGUGGGUUUUCAUGCACGAGGAGAUGCAGCGAGCACUUAGCCCCUAUCUCCUCAAGCUUCUUCAACAGGACACCUUCGUGGACCUCAUCAAACAGAACCCGGCAUUCUGUUUGGAGAUUCUUUCCACCGCUGUUGAUCGCAUCGAGAUACUCGAAGACGCUACAAAGGAGGUGACUAGUGUGAAGGGCGCGAGUGACGUCGGCACUCAAGCUGUGAUCGAACAUGGCAGUGGUAUUCCGAGACGUUAUGGAACACAAGCAGACAUUCCGCUGCCGCACACCCCGAAAACCAUCCCUUCGGCUACAGGUAACGAUGACCAGCACCCAUGCUCCGACGAUGAGACGAUUCCUCGGCCCAGAAAGCGCGUAUCCAUGGUAAAUUUGGGCACGGAGUUCAUCAGUCGACCGGAUGAUGCUAAACACUCUUCGCAGUCUAUCCCUGGACCGGCGAACAAGUCUAGAACGGCGGAGAAUCCCAAUCCCACCUCCAAAGAUGCCAGAGUGAGCCAAAUUCCGCAAGACUUCAAGUUCGACUUUCAGGCAAAGAGCCCCGAGGUCAAGAGUAUCUCAACAGGUAUCAACCAGAGCCAGGUAUGCAGUCUUUCGGCGACGCCGAAAGUGGUCACUGGAAACGGGGCUGUUCCGAAUGUUCGCCCUCAAUCAUCAUCAUCAUCACAUGCAUCUACUCACUGGGAGUCUUGCAGCGAGGGUGGUGAGAGAGCCGUCCCGGUCACCGAGAUGAGCAAAUCAAUCGCUACGUCUGCCUCUGUCGAGCUUUCAUCGCACAUUGGUGUAGCGCCAGAGUCUCAAUCCAAAGAUGAGAAGGCACAAGUUGGCUCCGGAACCAAGAAAGACACGAUUUUGGGGAAUUUAUCGUUGAAUUUCUCUAGCCAUAUUCAGGGGGUAUGCCUACCAAUUUCGCUGCCCGAAGACUCCGGUGCCCGUCAGCCCGAGCAGACUGCAGUUCCAGCCAGUUAUGAGCGGUCAAGUCGCUCAUACGCUUUCAAACGCGACAGCCUCCCUCGAGGCUUUCAGUUCUUCCAGUCCUCUAGUGGACCGCAGCCAGGGCAAUGCGAUGUCUCUACUUGCAAGGCUGCUUCUAGUCACUCUCAGGAAAAUAAGACAGCUGUUACGGGAGUCGUCGAAAGACAGCGAAGAGAAUACGUGUUGCGCGGGUCUGAAGUCACACAGACCGAGGGGACAUCUGCUCCCGCCAUUCCGGAGCGGCCAAGUCGCCCGUACGGCUUCCAUAGCGCAGACCUACCACGAAGCUUCAAAUUCUCUGAGGGGGCCCAAGGAGAGCACUCCAAAGAGCCGAGUGUCAAAGCAUCAGGCAGUAAGACACCUAACACCAAAGCCUCCACCAGCUGCGCUCAGCAGAGUACCUCUUCGUCUUCCCACACCAGAGUGAAGCCGAGCCCUUGGAAAGCCGACAAGGCAACGGCGAAGCAAAUGAGAAAAGGACGGCUGAUAGUCGAGCCUCCUGGCCUUCUUCUCACCAUCACCACAGAAAUCUCCUCCAGCUCACGAACAAACUUCAACCUCGAAGGGGACAACUUGGAGGAAUGCUGCAAACCUUCUUGA